GCAAUGAAGACCAGAUAGUUACUGGAAAAGCCCUAGAAAUUUCUUGAGAAUAUAAUUCCUUCGCUGCUACUGGUGACCUCUUCCUCACAGGACAGGAGAAUAAAAGGGGACUACAGAAACUACCUGUUUCCAAAGUACCUGGAAAAGGCGUGAAAUCUCCAAACAGGGUUUCUCUGAUAAUAAGGCCUAAACUCUGAUACCCAUGGAUGCUGCAGAGUACCGCAAGAGAGGGAAGGAGAUGGUGGACUAUAUUGCAGAUUACCUGGAGAAGAUAGAUAAAAGGCAGGUCUUCCCAGAUGUGGAACCAGGUUAUCUAAGGCCCCUCAUUCCAGACUGUGCUCCCCAGGAUCCUGAGAGCUUUGAGGAUGUCUUUAAAGACAUUGAGAAGAUCAUUAUGCCAGGGAUGACCCACUGGCACAGUCCGUACUUUUUUGCCUACUUCCCUGCAGCUUCUUCCUUCCCAGCAAUUCUUGCAGAUAUGCUGUGUAGUGGAAUAGGAUGUAUGGGCUUCUCUUGGGCCGCAAGUCCAGCUUGCACAGAGCUGGAGACUGUCAUGCUGGAUUGGUUAGGGAAGAUGAUUAAUUUGCCGGACGAGUUUUUAGCUGGGAAAGAUGGCCAGGGUGGAGGAGUCAUUCAGGGAAGUGCAAGCGAGGCCACCUUGAUUUCACUGCUUGCUGCAAGAACAAAAACUAUCAGACGGGUGCAGUCAGAAAAGCCUGAGCUAACAGAAGCAGACAUCAUGGGUAGGCUGGUGGCCUAUGCUUCUGAUCAGGCUCAUUCGUCAGUGGAAAGGGCUGCAUUAAUUGGUGGUGUGAAGAUUAAAAAUGUUCCUUCAGAUGAUACAUUUAGUGUUUGUGGUUCAGCCCUAAAGAAAUUUUUGGAUGAAGACAAAGCUUCUGGUCUCAUUCCAUUCUUUUUCUGUGCAACUCUUGGAACCACACCUUGCUGCUCCUUUGACAAACUGUUAGAACUGGGUCCUAUUUGUAAUAAGGAAAAUAUCUGGAUGCAUAUUGAUGCAGCCUAUGCUGGGAGUGCAUUCAUCUGCCCUGAAUUCAGGCAUCUCUUAAACGGAGUGGAGUUUGCAGAUUCAUUUAACUUUAAUCCCCACAAAUGGCUCCUAGUGAAUUUUGACUGCUCUGCUAUGUGGGUGAAAAAAAGAUCAGAUUUAACAGGUGCCUUUAAAUUGGAACCUCUUUACCUGCAGCAUCAUCAUCAGGAGUCUGGACUUAUAACAGAUUAUCGGCACUGGCAAAUCCCCCUGGGGAGGAGGUUCCGCUCCCUGAAGCUCUGGUUCGUGCUGAGGAUGUACGGGGUCACGGGACUGCAGGAGCACAUCCGCAAGCACGUCAGGCUGUCGCAUCAAUUUGAACAUUUAGUCCUUCAGGAUGAAAGAUUUGAGAUCUGUGCUGAGGUUGUCUUGGGACUAGUCUGUUUUCGGCUGAAGGGCUCGAAUGAACUAAAUAAGGCGCUUCUUAAAAGCAUAGAUGAGGCCAAGAAGAUUCAUCUGGUCCCCUGCUUCCUGAGAGAGAAGUUUGUGCUACGUUUUGCUAUUUGUUCCCGCACCGUGGAAUCCACCCACGUCAAGUUUGCCUGGCAGCACAUCUCACAGCUGGCAACUGAUCUUCUGAAAACAUGGGAGCAAACCCACCACCAGCAGUAACAGCAGUGAAGUAGCAGUGGGGAGGAGGUAAUUAACUGGCUUUCUCUGUGUUGCCAAGUUUUAUUUUAGGGGCAGGUGGGGAAGUCAAAUUAUGGGGGAAAAAAACCACAAAACCUGUUGCUAUAUAGCCCAGCUGCAGUAGCAAACUCCUUGCCAGCAAGUUGUGUUAUAACCUUAGUCAUUCCUUAUCUGUACCGUAGUUUCAUUGUGCCUGUUUCCAGGAUGCUUAUAGCCAUGGGGGCUCCAGCUGUCAUUUCCUGCCAGUUUGUAAUAUCAAGACCAUUUAUUUAACCAGGCAAUGGAAAUGGAAGGGUUUGUGCUCCCUCCGUGGUCCCCAUUAACCUCUAGCACACCCACUCCUUUCUUCACAGGUGAUACUGUGAGGUGUUAUAAUCAAUUAAUUUAACAUUAGUAUGAUUUCAGACAGAAUCCAAAUUACUGUCCUUAUGGCAGGUUCUCUACUUUCUCCUAAAGGGUUUGCUUUAAAAAUAGCUAUUUUGCCAAAUCUCAGCAAAUAGCUUAUGUUGGAUAGUGGUUUUUACUUUGGUCAUUCAUAAUGAGGCCUCCUAAAAGCUCCUUCUUAAGAGUUUUGUCAAAAGCUGUGUGCUUCCUGGUAUUCUAUAUUUUUAACCAAGUUAUUAUAAGCAGUGAUUACUUGAAAAUAAUCUCUAAACUACGCUCUGUGAAAUAGAGUUGUGAUUUCUUUUUAUGGCUACCAUUCUGCUUGCUUCAUUGUGCAAUAAAUCUUUGACAAAAUCUGCUAAGAACUGUGAUGAUAAAAAUGUUACUCUUCAUUUCUCAAAUUAGCUAACAAACAAAAUAACAAAUUACAAUAAAAAUAGAGAUUAAGAGAACUAAUCCCCAAAAUAUGCUGUGUUGUCCCCAUCGGUGAUUUUCUUCCAUUAACAGUGAUGCAUACAAUAUGAAAGUACUGGGAAAAAAAAUUAACCUUCAGAGAAAGUCAGAUAAUGUGUACUUGACACAAACCAGUGACCUGUCAUCCUGUCAAAGGCAGGUACAGUAAAGAAGUGAAACAAAAGUCAGAAACAAUCUCUGACUUUAAUAAAUACUUCUGCUAUUUUGAAAACAUAAA